UAUGGCAGUUCGUAUUAGCGGGAGGGUCCCGAGUUAAAGCCGACAGCCGCAGCCGCUGCCUCCGCACAGGUCCCACCAGCGCCGCAGCCAUCACCCCGACCCCCGCUCUGAAUCCCUCCGGAGUGACGAUGGCGGACAGCCCGCAGUGUUUCUACUGCCGAGACGACCUCGGGGGGAAGAGGUUCGUCCGUAACGAAGGCCGGCCGGUGUGCGUGCGCUGCCACACCAAGUUCUGCGCCAACUCCUGCGCCGAGUGCCAUCGACCCAUCCCUGUGGAAUCAAAGGAGCUCAGUCACAAGGGCCGGUUCUGGCACGAGGAGUGUUUCCGCUGCACGAAGUGUUACAAGCCUCUGGCCAAGGAGCCCUUCAGCACCAAAGACGACCGUAUCAUGUGUGGGAAGUGCUGCUCCAGAGAGGACGCCCCGCGCUGCCACGCCUGCUACAAAGCCAUACCGGCCGGUACCGAGAGCGUGGAGUACAAGGGGAACUCGUGGCACGACGAAUGCUUCACCUGUUUCAGCUGUAAACGACCAAUAGGAUCGCUGAGCUUCCUCUCCAAAGGGACGGACGUCUACUGCAGCCCCUGCUAUGACAAGAAGUUCGCGAAACACUGCGUCUGCUGCAAGAAGGCCAUAACCUCCGGGGGAGUGAACUACCAGGACCAGCCGUGGCACAGCCACUGUUUUGUCUGCAGCUCCUGCUCAAAACCUCUGGCGGGGUCCAGCUUCACCACCCACCAGGACCAGGUCUUCUGUGUGGACUGCUACAAGAGCUCCGUCGCAAAGAAAUGCAGCGGCUGCCAAAACCCCAUCACAGGUUUUGGUAAAGGGGUGAACGUGGUGAAAUAUGAGGGCAGCUCCUGGCAUGAAUACUGCUUCAACUGUAAGAGAUGCUCCCAAAGUCUGUCCAGCAAGAGCUUCGUCGCCAAGGGAAAAGACCUCCUGUGCUCCGACUGUGGCAGCAAGUAGGGCUGGAGAGGUCGGUCCUGUUAACGGUGGUUUAUAUCGUCAUGUGUCUUUUUCUUAUCUUUCUUUUUACAUAAAGGUCAGAGUCUCCAUUUCAAUAUUCUCUUAAAUACUAAAGGGACGUUUGGGGGGUAUUAAGUGAUUAAAACGUUGUUUCCAAAAUGUUUUUUGUGCCCAGAUGUUGAUAAUUUGCUUUGAUGCUCACUUAAACAUACACGGUGCUGAGUGAUGGUAAUGACCAGCUGUGUCCUGAUAGUCCUUAAAAUAUAAAACAUAUGUCGCGAAGUGUGGUUUCCUGUUGGAGGAUUGGAUCAUAUACAAUAUGAUAUAAAAACAAAGUGUUUUGAACUAUGAGAGACAACUUCUCCUGUUCAGCUGGGAAGUAAAACCUGCCACCUACAGCUGAGAUAAAUAAACAGCAGAUGAAUGCAUUGCAUACCUGAAAUACUAAAAAUAGAUAUAAUGAUGCGGCAUAUAAGUCCACAAGUCAAAUGAAACAUUUUUAUUUUGACUUUGCAACACAGAUCUUUUCUAUGAGCUGUCAUUCAUCACAGUGUAUGCUAACGGGUUAGCAUGAAGCAAGAAUAUCAUGUGCUUUCAAAAGUAAUUUAAUUGUGUUUUUUUAUCUUUUAGCAAAAAUAACGGCUUAUGUUAAUGAGUUUAACGUCUACUUAUUUUUUCUAUUUUUAAAGGGUGAUACUUUCCUAUCUAAACCAAACAUUAUAAAUGCUGUUUUUAAAUAAAACAUUUCUAAUAAUCAUUCAAUUACAUCAUGUUUGUAAUUGUUCUGUCAUUUCCAAGGGAUUGCUGUGCUUAUUGUACGUUUUUAGCACUUUUUUUACAUCAUUCUACCUUAAAAAAGGGGAAAAAUGUGAUCAGAUUGUAUUCAAUAUAGACGAUGUGUUGUUAAAAUGGAAUAAACCAAACACAAAGCGGA